CGCGAUUCCCCUGACAAAGGAAACGCGCAUCGCUAAGUACAGCUGUAGCUGCUAUUUCAUUAAUAUUUCAUCCAUUACUUGGAAGAUUUCCACCAGCCUUGUUGCCGCUCACAUUUAACAUUACCGCCCAUCAUCCGAACCUCUACGCUUACGUACCCUAAAUAAAAUACCUUGGUCGAUUACAAAGACGUCGAUACUGUCUAUCUAUCUAUCUCUUGUACAAUAAGCAACGAAAUCAACGAAAUCAACGAAACGCACGAAACGCAUGAAACUCCUCGCCUUUCUUCUUCAUUCUAAUAUAAAUCCACAAUCCCUUAUACCCAGAACUUUUAGCAACAGGCAAGAGACCCGGCAUGGGUCUUGGUGGAGGACAAGAUGCAACAACGAAGAGAUGAGAUUCUAGCAAAAAAGGCAAAGCUUGCAGAGCUCAAGCGACAAAGGGAGUUGAGAGCGAACCAGGCGGCUACUGUUGCUAGAACUAGCAUAGGCGGACCCAGCGAUCUUAUUUCCCCGACACCCGGCCGUGAUAAUAGGAAAGUCAUCGAGUCUUUGAUUAAUAGUCUAGUCGGCGAAAGCAGACCUGCUUCAUCUACCACAGGUGUUGCAUCUCCAGGUCUACGUGGAAGCCGACCCAAUAGUGUCCUGAGUGGCGACGACCUGAGCGGUGAGCAUUCGGAGUACGCUUCGCAAUUGAAUGGCCAGUCUGCCUCCUCUCAGCCUCAAAUCUUGACCACUGUCCCUCUCCAAACCAUCUUCGAGUGCCCGCCGUCGCCGGUUAAGGAGAUUUUCUCCUACAGCAAAGGCGUACAAACUACGGAUGACUGGACGCCCCCAGUUACUCGACCGAGAGCAUUUUCCGAACUUGACGACGAGGAGUUGCCCGCCACAACAUCUACUCCCAGCAAACGGCUCAGCAGAUGGAAGCGCGAUAGGGAGGAAGAACUGCGCCAGAACUUGCGACUAGAGAUCGAAGAAGAACUGAAGGCUGCUCGCGAGCUCAUCGCCGAUGGCCCGCUGCAGACCGGCUCCGUUAUUACUUCGAAUUUCCCGGCUAGAGCGUUAAGUAAUGAGGAAUUAGCCGCUGUCGUAGCAUCCGACGACUUUGUCGAUUUUGUCGACCGUUCUACCAAGGUCAUCGAACGGGCGCUCGAUAUUAGUAACGAGUACGAUAUCUUGACAGAUUACUCCCUCCAGGCCCACGACAUCGAGGACGAGGACGAGCAGGCGGGCAAUACAGGCGGCAAAGGUCGCCGCCGGGUCAAGGAAGUUGUACAAUUCUACGAUGAAAGAUGGUCCAAGAAGCGGAUGAUUAGCAGCAUUGAUUUCUCACCUAAGUUUCCCGAGCUUCUGCUCGCAUCUUACACCAAAAACCCAUCUGCCCCCCACGAUCCUGAUGGUAUUGUACAAGUUUGGAAUCAGCAUCUCCACGACCGGCCCGAGUUCCUCUUCCAUGCCCAGUCUGAUAUACUCACUGCCAAAUUUUCUCCUUUCCACCCUAAUUUAAUCAUCGGCGGCACCUAUUCCGGCCAAGUCCUCCUCUGGGAUACCCGGGCCAAGUCUGUCCCUGUGCAGAAAACGCCUCUCACUGGUUCAGGUCAUUCCCAUCCUGUCUACUCUGUUGACAUCGUCGGUACUCAGAAUGCCAACAACAUCAUAUCAAUUUCCACCGACGGCGCUUUCUGCGUAUGGAGCGUCGACAUGUUGUCCCAGCCGCAAGAAUCGCUAACUCUGACUACGCCACCUCCUAACAAGUUCGAAGACCUCGCACCGACCACCAUGGCUUUCCCUCAGGCGGAUCCAACGUACUUCCUUGUCGGUUCAGAAGAGGGAUCUAUUUACCCGUGUCACCGGUACGACCGUGCCGGCGCCAAGGCCGGCGUCGAUUCGCGAGUUUCCUACAAGGGCCAUGCCGCCCCCGUUAUGAGCGUCGAUUUUCAUCCUGCCCAUGGCCCUGUAGAUCUAGGCGACUUAGUGCUCUCCUCCUCCCUCGAUUGGUCUGUUAAACUGUGGAAGGUGCGCGCUCCUGCUGCCACGAGCACCAUCGUCGAGAGCGCGGGCACUGCUGUCCACCCACUACUCGAAUUUGUGCGCGAGGACGUCGUGUACGACGCAGCGUGGUCGCCUGUGCGCCCCGGCGUAUUUGCUCUCGUCGACGGCGCAGGAUCGCUCGAGCUCUGGGAUGUCACUGUUGAAACUGAGAUCCCUGUAGCCAAGAUUAGCCCUACGCCACGUAAAGACGGCCGCCAGCUGCUCAGUAAAAGCUUGAAUAAGGUCGCCUGGGAGGGUAGCGAAGGAAAACGGCUUGCUACGGGUGGUAUUGAUGCCGUAGUCAGCGUCUUCGAAGUUGGUCCCGAUUUAGGCGGUAAAGAGUCGGUUCGGAGCGAGGAAUGGACGAAUGUCAAGAAGCUCGUGGCAAGGCUUGAGGCUGUAAGUGGAGGAGUCAUUAGUUUCGUCUAAACGACCUCUCCCUCCCCUUUUUUUCCCGGUGUUUUUGACGUUAGAGGGUUAGCUUCUGGUUAUAAAUAUCGUGUCAGGAGUCGCUAGUGGGCUACGGUUACCUUGACAUGUGUCUAUGUAUUAUACCCAGCCCGAAGAUGGCAUUUGUCAAAUGAAGAGACGAGAUGGCGGGCAUGGUGUUUGGCUUUCCUAGAUGAGGGACUAGGAUACUGAAGAACUUCUUGACUAAGCGUUAAGACCGUACGGGUAUUUACCUACUUCGCCUACUCUCCAUUUUAUGUCAAAUGAAACCUGUGAUGAAUGUCUUCAA